AAAAAAUACAUAUUUGAAAUCUCGUAGACCUAUAACUAAUAGAACACCCGAACAAAUAAACAAUGUGCGAAUAAAUGCGCGAAGUUAACAAAGCAACAAUUGAAAGAUUAGCAUUGGCAAAAAUUUGGUGUAAAACAGUCUCAUAUUUCUUGAAGCUUUUGUCUCAGUUCGGUGAUUGUACGAACAGGAUGUUGUCGUAGAACCUUUUUCAUCUCGUG